AUGGCCAACCAGAAGCGUGACUACGACGUGCUGGAGGUAGUGCCGAAAUGGGAGAUAGCAAAGAUCUAUCUCCGCUGUCUUCUGGCGAACUUUGCGAUUUUGCUCAAGUGGUUGUACGAGAGCGUGAAGUGCAAGGUGAAUCCGACCGCGAUCAUGCGGCGCACGAUCGAGCGGACCGAUUUUCCCAACAAACCACCGAUCUUCAUGACAGAUACCAACCUGGGCCGGCAUUCGUACGUGAAGCUUGAGAACACCAAGCUACAUUUCAUCGAGGCUGGUAAUCGAAGCAACCCGAUCGUGCUGCUCCUGCAUGGUUUUCCGGACUGUUGGUUUGGUUGGCGCUAUCAGAUACCGGAGCUGACACAUUAUUUUCACGUUAUCGCGCUGGAUUUAAAGGGAUUCAAUGAUUCCGACAAACCGCACUGGCGUUUCGAGUACACGCCGAAAAAAGUGUGUGAAGAUUUACGCAAAUUUCUGAUAGCCAUCAGUGCUAAAAGUGUUUCCAUCAUAGGUCACGACUUGGGGGCAACCAUUGGCUGGCUGUUUGCUCACACAAAUCCGGAAAUGGUUGACAAGUUCGUGAGCGUAUCGACCCCCCAUCCGAAUUUGCUAUGGGAUAAUCUUCCUAAAAGUUCCCCCUUCAAUCGGAACUGGCUCGAAUUUGUACAGUUACCAAUGUUGCCAGAAAUGGAGCUAAAGCAUACGGCCGAUAAAGUACUUCGACGCUGCCACUCGCAUGUUACAAAGGAAAAACUCUACUUAUCCGGCACCAAUGGCUCGCUUACGAAUAAUCUAAUGGAAGCGUACCUGUACAGCUUCUGCCAAACGGAUGACUGGCGAGGACCGUUGAACUACUAUCGUAACUUUCUGUUCUACCGUGUGCGCGAAGGCGAGAUCAUUCAGUGUCCCUGUCUGAUCAUUAGCGGUAACGACGAUCGGUUUUACAAGCUAGAGUCGGUUGUAAAGAGUUCGGAGUUUUGCGAGAAUUUCAUCAUCAAAAUUAUCGAACAGUGCGGCAGAGCACCCCACCAAGAGAUGGCGACUGAGUUUAACAGUACGAUGUUAAAAUUUUUAAUCGGUAAGAAGUACUCUCAGAAAGUUACGGACGUGCAGCCUACACAGGCGAGAGGUUUGGUUGGUCGCAUGUUUGGUGGCAUUGGAUCCGUCGCGAACAACACGGUUAAGCUGGGAAACAAUUUGCGAGAAACGUACGCCUUUGCGAAUCCGCUCAAUAGUGUGCCAAAUUUUAUGAUCAAAGGAUAA